AUGGACCCCAAGCCACCCCCUUCUUCUGCCGAGGAGCCCGUGCCGGACAAGCCGCUAGAUUCGGAUUGUUGUGGGCAAGGCUGCCAACCCUGUGUAUUUGAUAUUUAUGAACAGAACUUGAGGAUCUGGCAAACUCGCCAGAUCCAAGGUGGAAAUAGUGAACUCGCGACUCGGAUGAGCUCCGAUAAUUUCACAUCCUGCUCUCUUGUGUCCAUUGAUGCCCUGACCGACUCGACUUUUUUAUACACGUUCUCACUUCCCCCGGGCCAAUAUUUGCGCUCGAAUCCUGGUCAACAUUUGAUUUUGAACGCUCUCAGCCAUGAUAAACAUUCAGUCUCUCGUCAAUACUCUAUCUAUCAUGUAAAGGAUGACUGCACUGCCUUCUCGGUGAUCAUCAAAUUGUAUUCAGAAGGAGUUGUAUCCCGGAUCAUAUCUCAAUGGUCUUUCGGAAUCCAAUGUCGGUGGCGAGGACCCAUGGGGGAUUUCGUGCACACGCCCCUCAAAUUCUCCAAACUCUUCCUACUUGGCAUGGGAACGGGAAUAGUUCCUCUCCUAUCUGUAAUUCGAUCCAUCUUGAACGACGAAAUGGACGAGACAUUUUUGCAUUUAGUCUGUGGAUUUCGUCAAAUGACGGACGUGUUUCCUUUAGACGAGCUGAAAGUGUUUUCCGCUUUCUGGAACUUCAAGCUAACACUUUGUCUCAGCCGUGACAAAACUGCACCCUCGUUUCGACCCGGCCAGAUCAUCUGCGAUCAAAGGAUCGAUCUGGAUCUGAUCAAGAGCCCCAAGCUAAACCUACCCGAUGAUCUUGUCUGAACCCAAUUUUUGAUCUCCGGCUCGAAAGUUUUUGAACGGGAUCUGGCUCGAGUUUUGACUGAAGCAAACGCGCAGCACAUUCACCGAUUUUAAAACUCAUCCACUUUUGACUUUGCAGAGCUUAGCUAUGGAAUAGAAACCACCCUAAACAGUCUAUAA